UGUCAUUCAAGGCAACGUACGUUUCGCUCCUCCCUCACGCGUUUCUUUGUUUUUAAUUGGAACCCUUUCUCUCACGCUUGGCGGCGGUGGCUGAGGGCCAGAUCGUUUCAGUCACCCGCCGGCAAACGUGCCGGCAGUGUGGCGGGAUCAAGGCGAAGCGCUCACGGACCAAGGAGGUCGAGUUGACCAACGUCGAAGUUCCGGCAAUGGACACGCGGACUUACGCGAAAUACCGUCGGACGCCGAGCUUGGAAAGGAGACUGAGCGGUGCACCGACAACUGCCGUCCACAUCUUUCUUGGAGCGCGCAUGAAGACCGAUUCAUAAGUGUGCGGGUAUCAUCACAGCCGUCAUAACCGUCACAGGCAACAGAGCACGAGCUCCGCCGACUCCUGAGAAAGCGACGAUCGACGUGCGGAGGUCCGCCGACCAAGCGAGGCGCCAUGGCCAUCAACAUUGCGGGCGUGGUGUCCGUGGUGAUCUUCUACAUCAUCAUCCUAGCGGUGGGCAUCUGGGCCGGCCGCAAGAGCAAGAAGACCGGCAACGAUCCCGGCGACGCUGACGAGGUCAUGCUAGCCGGGAGAAACAUAGGCGUCUUCGUCGGGAUCUUCACCAUGACAGCCACCUGGGUUGGAGGAGGGUACAUAAACGGAACCGCCGAAGCUGUUUACAGCAACGGCAUCAUCUGGUGCCAAGCUCCCGUUGGCUACGCGAUGAGCUUAGUCGUGGGUGGCUACUUCUUCGCCAACAAAAUGCGAGCCGAAGGUUACGUGACCAUGUUAGACCCAUUUCAAGAGCUGUUCGGUGGCCGAAUGGGCGGCUUGCUGUUCAUCCCAGCGCUGUGCGGAGAAGUGUUCUGGUCCGCCGCAAUUCUGGCAGCGCUUGGUGCCACCGUGGGCGUGAUCAUCGACAUCGAUACUAACACGUCAAUCAUUGCAUCGGCGUGCAUAGCGCUCUUCUACACACUCUUUGGAGGGCUUUACUCGGUGGCCUACACGGAUGUCAUCCAGCUAUUCUGCAUAUUCAUUGGACUGUGGUUGUGCAUCCCAUUCUGCAUGAUCAACGAGUCAGUGGGUACGCUAACGUACCCGACGAAUGACUGGGUCGGAUCCUUGGAACCCAAGUACAUUGGACAAUAUAUCGAUUUUGGGUUGCUGCUCAUCCUCGGCGGCAUCCCGUGGCAGGUCUACUUUCAGCGGGUCCUUUCUUGCAAAACUGCCUUCAAGGCGCAGCUUCUUUCCUAUGUAGCUGCUUUCGGGUGUAUCAUCAUGGCUAUCCCUGCCAUGAUUAUGGGUGCUGUCGCCAAAGCUACAAGGUGGAACGAGACGGCAUUCACGGGUCCGCUGCCCCUGGACAAGGAGCACACAUCGCUGGUGCUGCCCAUGGUGCUGCAGUACCUGACUCCCGGCUUCGUCUCGUUCGUGGGGCUGGGUGCCGUGUCGGCUGCGGUCAUGUCCUCAUCGGACUCUUCCAUCCUCAGCGCAGCCUCCAUGUUCGCCAGAAACGUUUACAAGCUCAUCUUCAGGCAAAAUGCCUCCGAGCGGGAGGUCAUCUGGGUGAUGCGAGUGGCCAUACUGUUUGUUGGCGCCAUGGCAACCGCCAUGGCACUGACCGUCAAGUCCAUCUACGGUCUCUGGUACCUGUCCUCGGACCUCGUAUUCGUCAUCCUCUUUCCGCAGCUCGUCUGCGUUGUAUACAUAAAGCACCACUGCAACACGUACGGCUCCCUCGGCGCCUACAUCAUCGGCCUACUCCUACGUGGAUUAGGAGGCGAAGACAUCAUUGGUCUCCCAGCCGUCAUCAGGUACCCAUUCUACAAUGAGGAGGACGGCCAGCUUUUCCCAUUCCGGACGCUUGCCAUGCUUACCAGCCUGGCGAGCAUCCUUAGCAUCUCGUCGCUAACGCGCUGGCUCUUCGAGAGCGGCACCGUUCCGGCGCGGUUCGACGUGUUCCACUGCGUCGUCAACAUUCCGGAGGACAUCAUGAAGGUACAGGAGCCCCACGAGGGCGAGAUGACGGUGCUCAACGCGGGCGGCCUCGUCAAAAGCUACCAGACCGAGAUGAACGGCCGCGUCAACCCGGCGCUAAACCUGCACCCCGAGGAAGACGUCGAGGGGUUCCAGGUCAAGCCAUCCGCUGCCAUUGGAGCCGACCCGCUGUCUCCGUUUGGCGGCGGGCCGCUCUCCACCACUGCAGCGCAGCCGCCGCCGCCGCCGCUGGGCGACAGGGGUGACGCGCUCUCAUCUGAAGACACUACCAAGCUCUAGGCUUGGCAGGGUUCGGACGAGCCCUGGAGUCGCACGGGUCCCAUAGUUCGCCCCCGCUUCGGGCGGCCCCCCUGUCGCCCAGCCCCUCUCCUCUGUCCACUGGCGCGCGUGAGCCGGUCCCCCACUCGCCACCCACGUUCCCCGUGUCUCGCCCGUGUUUCUCGUGUGUGUGCGUGAUUGUCCUGUCCGCGCCAUUGGCCGAUUGGCGUAUACUGUGGUAUGGAGCUGCCCUCAGUCGCUUCUCAGAUGACGCCGGUAUAGCGAACGUGCGGGUAACGCCCGAUAUUACCCCGCUAGCAGUUCUCUCGCUGAAAAUGACGAAUUGUACGCGUCAUUUUUAGGGCAUUUACUGACAGUGAGAGUGCGUGGCAAAGUUGUUGCUUAAAUAGCAGUUAGUGGGGCGACUAGCAGGAACAUUGGGAAGGCGAUUCAGCAGUUCUCUAAUACAAGCACUGAUGCAGGAAACGGGAUUUGAUGUUCCCGCGUUACGCUGCCCUAAGUCGUCAGGCUGUCCUCCUGAGGUCAGCGUAGUAAGGACAGAAAACCAUGAUCAGUCUUGCGCCUCGUCAACGACUCAAACGAAAUCAUUGCGAUGUCGACAAUCAUCUGCCAAGGACGUCAAUGCUAAAAUAUGGCGACUGUAUAUGGUCAUGGCGAGCACUUAAAUAGAACGGCACAUUGACGAGUGAAUUUUGGAACGGCUAACGCAGAGACAUCCUAGCAAAUUGAAGUCUAUCAGUUAGCGGUAUGUUUACAAGUCCGCUAGCAGCAAACGUUAAGCGUUCGCCUAAUGUUCUUAGAAAAUACGUGCCAUUAUGCAGUGUUGGGAAAGAUCGUCGGGCAGAAACAGUGCUACGAUUCCCGUGACCGCGCCUCUGAAAGCACGCUUUCUUGGAUCAAACAUUCGCCGUGCUCUCUACUUUCCAAAAGACACACUGUUAUAGCCAAAAGCAUAGUGGAGCCGCGAAAUUUGCACGUGACAAACUUGCGCAUAAGACAAGCCUGACUUUGUGCUUGCUUAUGUAUCCCAUUACGCACUGAUGUUUCAGUGACCAGGGACUACAGCUAGCCAUUACAAGUGAGAGCAACACCGUUCUUGUUAAGAUUUUAAGAAUUGCAUAAUGAGGUUAGAUGAUGUGCAGCCUGCAGUCGCUGUCUUCAGCCGAUAAGGUUUGAUGCACCGAAUACUUCGUUUGUUGCAGAAUUUGUUCUCUCUCUUUAUCAGUUCAAUGCCACCUCGUUGCCGCCCGAAUGAUAUAUGCUUUACUCCUCGCAAACUCUACUGGCGCCAGAAACAUGAGUCAUCAUGACAAGUUACUUUCAGCUGUGAAGUAUGCGUACUUAUUUUGGCAGCCGGAAUUACCAUGCAGCACAGCGAAGGGGCCCAUUCGUGUAGAGUGCAAGUGCUCGUCAAGUUGGUCGCUUUAUGCGAAUCAAGUAACAAACAAGCAUUGUCUUGUUAGGGUGGAUGAGCAAAUUCUGUCUUUUCAUAAUUACAGAUUUUUGGAGUGUGAUAUUAUCCUUGGUGUACUUCGGCUGCGCACUAAAAUCUAAACGAAUCCAGCAAUGAGAGCGCAUGCAUUCCUGCCGAGUCAUAGAGGCAAUUUCCAUGCGAAGUUGUACCUUCAUUGGUUUUCAAUAUUAUCGAAUCCAGCUCCAGUAACGGGCAGACAGCGUGACCCUCGAUUUGAUGAGUACUGCUUCGCAGUGGAGGGGUCCAACGCGUUUCGGGUUAAGAGGAGUGUCUGCCCCCUGUGUUUUAUUGUGAAUUGUCUUCCUUUUAUGCUCUUCCCUUCACCUCCGCUCAAAUUAGUUAUACCAGCUAACCAAUCGUAGUUUAAUGGUUUAACUACCUUCGUUAUACCAACUUAGUCACACGUGCAGCAGCGCGUGACGUAAUGCAGGUUCAGAAGAGCUAAAGAUGGGCCCCUUUCUUGCGUUUCUGAGCAGACAGCCACCACAUAAGUGCAGCUCGUGUUCAAACCUCGGGAGUCGAGGCGUCCGUCGUGUGAACCGUGUUUUAAUCGCUGAUAGGCAAAAUGAAUGCCGUCGUUAGCAGCGCUAUAGAAGGUGAUACGUUAACUUUUUCGAGCGUUUUUGCAGGCUACAUGCCUUAAGCGCAGACGGCUGAGAACCAUCGCUUUAGCGUUCCAUCUGUCUACAUUAACUGGAGAUGGCAUGCUGCAUCCAUCUUGCCAUACGGAAAGAUUUUUUUUUUUUUUUUGCUCUCUUCUCCCGUGCCAGCGACGUGCACUCCCGGCUCCUACCCGGCGCGCAACAGGGUGGCUUCUAUACUGUAGAGUAUUGACAUCUGUGAGACGCACCGCGAGGUCGUUGUGUCAAAGCAGACAUGUUGUGACAAUCACGUUAUACAGCGCGUCAGCAUAGAGCCGUCGGUAUUUUUUGGGAACGUUUAUCGCGGGGAAGCUAUACCCAAUACUUGUUGUGGUCGAUAACUCAAUGUUGUAAGCGCGAUGACAAUCAAGUUUAAAGUGCACUGUGAUCGUGGUACCCUUCUUUGGAGUGAUAUACAUAUAUAUA